AUGUCGACUCCAAGUCAACCAUCGUCAAACUCCGCAGACAGGUCACACACGGCAGUCGCAAGCACACUUUCCUCAGCCCCGGCUGGACCUGGAGCCCAAGGAAACGCCCCUCCUCCUCCUCAGUUCAACCUGUCACUUCCCAGCGCAUCUCAGCCCGAUAUCAUCCGUGCCAACCAGAAGGAUUCAUAUUACCAACAAAUCUUGAAAGAUCAGGUCAAGGAUGCAGUCCGUGAGAUCUUUGGAAGUCGCACACAGCACAUGUACCACACGGAGGUGGAAGUGUUCUCGGAUCUUUGCUACUACACAUUGACGACGUUGCUCGGGACACAGACACUCGGAGAGGAGUACUGUGAUAUCAUGCAGAUCAACAGUUCCUCUGGCACCUUUCCUUCGUUUCCUCGUCGGUCGGCACUUGUGUUUUGGCAUGUGUUGAUCCCAUACAUCUACUCCAAAGGAGCGCAGGAACUGAGGAGGCGCACAAAACCCCAACCACCCCAGCGACACAACCACCACCAGGGACACCGCCUGGAUGCUGCACUCUCGAACGCAGAACCCAAGAAGGAGCCCUCGGCAGCAAUGAUAAAACUCAAGACCUUUGUCCACAACUGGUUGCCAACAUUCCAGACCUUUUUCAAGACCCAUGGACAUUCGGCCCACCUGGCUGUCUUUUACUUCUUUGGCGCCUACUACAGCUUCUCGAAGCGUGUGACAGGAAUUCGGUACAUCUUCAACAGGAAGCUGUCACCCGGAGAGGAGCGGUCAGGAUACGAAGUCCUGGGGGUGUUGAUCGUCAUUCAGUUGGCGAUCCAGCUCUUCCAAUGGCGCCGACAGUUAGCUGCUGAGGCCCAGGAAAAGGCUUCGGCCGCUGCCUUAGUUGCGGGUAACACUCUUGGCGAGAAGGGUGCGGCCUCGCAGUUUCAACAACAGGAAGAGGAAGAGGAAGAGGAAGAGGAAGAAGAUUUCCAACAGACCACCGCACAGGCAAAUGUGCGCAAGUGCACCCUGUGUUUGGAUCCAAGGACUAACACGACUGCAACCCCAUGUGGACAUUUGUUCUGUUGGACCUGUAUCCGUGAGUGGUGCCAGAAUAAGGCAAGUGGCUCCCCGAUUUUAAGUCGUUUUAGUGCCGUUUGA